AUGCCACCACGCAAAGAGUUGACCCCAGAGGUCCGUGCUAGACUCUGUGAGUUGAAAGCAAUUGGAUGGACCUUUACUAUGAUUCAUAAACGUUAUCCGCAUAUUCCUUAUUCUACUAUACAAACUACAAUCAAGCGCGAGAGUACUCGAAAGCAGCAACAUUCUGCAUCUCGCUCCGGACGACCCAAAAGAAUUACUCCUGAAGAACAACAACAGCUAUUAGACUUGGUUGAGCAAGAUCAGCAUAUAAAAAUGCGUGAACUCUCUACUGCUGUACAAAGCAGUCCUUCAAUCAGAACAGUUCAACGUCUAUUCCGUACUCUACACAUGCAGAAAUGGAAACAAUGUGAGCGGCCAGAAAUCACUCCUCAAAAUGCAGAAAAGAGAUUAAGAUGGGCUCAACAAUAUGCAGAAUACACUGCUGAAGACUUUCUACGUGUUAUCUGGUCAGACGAAUGCUCAGUUGAACGUGGUGCAGGAAUUCGACGAAUCUACACCUUUCGAUCACCAAAGCAACAGAUUAUUGAGCGUGAUAUUCAUACUGUACGUUGUGGAAAGGGUGUUAAGCAGAUGUUUUGGGCUGCUUUUGGAUAUAACAGACGUACGGGUCUUCUACCUUUACAGGGAGAUCCAACAUCUACGCGUCAAGGUAUUACUGCAUGGAUUAUUCGUGGUGUUUAUGAAGCAUUUCUACCUGAAAUCUUACAGGCCGGAGAUAUCUUCAUGCAUGACGGAGCAUCCGUACACCAAGCUUAUAUUGUACGCGAAUUGAUUCAAGAUAUGGGGGUAGAAGUCAUGAUUUGGCCACCAUACUCACCCGAUUUGAAUCCUAUCGAAAAUCUAUGGGCCUUAAUGAAAGCUAAGAUAUAUGAACUGCAUCCAGAAUUAGAACGUGCUCUGGAUACUGAGGAUACUCGUCAGAGUCUUAUACAAGCAGCGAUUGAAGCCUGGCAUGCAAUUGACGAAAGAGUGCUUCGAAAUCUAUGUCAAACCAUGCCUCAUCGCGUACAGGCAGUCAUCCAAGUGGAUGGUUGGUAUACAGCUUAUUGA